AUGGCACUGACCCGAGCUAAGCCACACCUGGCACCGCCACAGCGCGGGAGAAGCCGCGAGGCGAGCACCGCGUCCAGGGCGCCUGAAGCAGCCGGCUCUGCCAGGCGAAACCGGUUCGGAGCUGCAGAUCUGCAACCGCCUGCACGCAGGCCACUCAAUGCCUCUUCCCUCUUCAGUGUCAACCACAGUAGCACCAACCACAUCAAACUGGCCCGCUACGGCGGGGAGGAGGAAGAUCAGCCCAUCUACAUGGCAGUGAAAGGAGUGGUGUUUGAUGUCACUUCUGGAAAGGAGUUUUAUGGACGAGGAGCCCCCUACAAUGCCUUGACCGGGAAGGACUCCACCAGAGGGGUGGCCAAGAUGUCCCUCGAUCCUGCAGACCUCACCCAUGACACUACCGGCCUCACUGCCGAGGAGCUGCAGUCCCUGGACGACGUCUUCACCACAGUGUACAAAGCCAAAUACCCCAUCGUCGGCUACACGGCCCGGAGGAUACUCAACGAGGACGGCAGCCCCAACCUGGACUUCAAGCCCGAAGACCAGCCCCAUUUUGACAUAAAAGACGAGUUUUGAUGCUCCAUCUGCGGGAGCGCGUUCUUGAUGGGGCGGGGUGGGGGCGGGGCACGGAGAGCCCUUCAGGUGCCAAAUCUCCUGCAAAAUAGGCUGCCUGAGCCUCUGGUCCCCGGACCUGAAUAAAGCCGACGUUGAACCCGGAACGCCGGAUGCUUGUUAUUGUUCCCGGCCAAGUGUUCUGUCCACGUGCCAUCCUGCCCGCACACCAGCCAGGGUGGGAAGAACGGCCGAAGGGGGCGCCCUCUCGGCGUCCGUGUUGGCUGUCCGGGCAGUGGAAUCACGGGUGACUUAUUUCUUCUCUAUCUGUAUAUUUUCCUGUGCUUGCCACGUUUCCUAGCAUGACCACGUUUGCUUUAGAAUAAGCACAAAAAUAAACUUCGUGUUUUCACAAGA